GAGCGCCUGUCACGAUUCCUGGACCCAGCUACGACUGUCACCGAUGUUCGGCUGCAUUUGUCCCAACAAUCACAUGAAAAGACGCUGCGACAGGAUUUUCUCCACGGUGAAUCACAAUCCCUGCGUUGAGUUCCUGCCCUCCUCCACCUCCGUAGACCUGUCGGGCACGGACUCGGCCCUGUAUCCGUUCGACCCGCAGCAGGAGAGCUACCAGGAGAUCUGGUUACCGCCGACCAGUAUGUACCCCUAUUUUCUGUUCCCCGGGGCCGCGCGCACCUCGUACUACGACCACGAGAGCACGUACGACGUCCAGGAGGCGGGACAGGGGCGGCCACAGCACGGCCACCGCCAUCAGCACGGCCGUCAUCAAGAGGCACCGGAGCUGCCUGGCAGGCCCGGUGUCCUCGUGGUCGAGACGUACGAUCCUCGUGCCGAUCGAGGCGAGGCUCGUGCUGGCACCGACGACGAGCAUCUGCACAGGGAGAAAGAUGAUCGUGAAACGGAGGGAUCCAAGAGCUUCUAUGAUCGCGGCUCUUCUUCUUCUUCUUCUUCUUCUUCCUCUUCUUUUUCUUCUUCUUCUUCCUCUUCUUCUUCUUCUUCUUCUUCUUCUUCUUCCACGUUGUCCAAGCAUGAUCGUGCCUCCAGCACAGUGCACCUGCAGCCAAGGCACUCCCAAAGCGAGCAUGACGCGCACCUGCACCAUCAUCACCAUCACCAGCACCACCAGCACCACCCCGCACCACCCGCACCACCGUCCGCCGCGACGUCGUCUUCGUCUUCGUCGUCUUCUUCGUCAUCGUCGUCGUCGUCGUCAUCGUCGUCGUCGUCGUGGUCGAGUUAUCCGCCACCGGCUCGUCCAACGCCUACCGUGGACGAGACUAAACGAAUCGAGGGGCCCGAGCUGGUGCAUCCGAAGAAAUUCGCACCGAGGCCCACCUACGAGCACCGGGCAAUCUUCGAUCGCGCCGACGACGACCUCGAUGACGAGUUCAGGAUCGGCGCGCUACCAGUCGACCGGCUCUUCGACCUCCGCGAGGCCUUCGAAGGGUUCGUCGACCAAGUGAAGGUCAUCUCGCAUCCGGACAACUCGACUAGCUUCGAGGUGAUCGAGUCCCAGCUCGAGAAUCCGCUGAUCGACGCUGAUCAUCACGAUCUGGUCGCCAUGAAGCAGAUACCUGUUCCCGGAGGGCAUCAUCAUAAAACGCAGCACAAGAGGAAUCAGACGGACGACCGUAAUCAGACGUCCGUGGUGCUGCCAUCCGCCUCCUCCGAUCUCGAUAAGAUACAGCAACCGGUCAAGAUCGUGCUCUCGAGCACUUGCCAUCAUGCCUACAAUGCUUGCAAAAACGAUCCAGAGUGCAAGGUGCUCCUCGAGCCGAUGUUGAACCAUUGCGACUCGACGAGUUGCGCGAAGAACGAGUGCAUGGAAGCGUUGCAGACCUUCUACAAAUCCGCCAACUAUAAACACUCUGUUGAGAUCGCGUUCUGCCUGUGCAGGAAAACGGAUGGAAAGAAGGACGAGUGUAUAAUCGCGCAGGAAAAGAUGCAUCCUGCUUGCGCGCAGCGAGUCGAGGGCGCGGAAAUGCCGACGUGUCACAGUUUGGCGGAAGCUUGCAAGGAGCACGAAGCAUGCAGGGCGAAAUUGGAGUACUACGAGCAAAAUUGCGCUGUGGAUAGCGUAACAAAGAAGUGUGCCGGUCCAACUGCGGAAUGCAGGAAAGCGAUGCUGGGCAUCCUUGGCACGGAAUUGCGGUCGAACUGCGCGUGCAAGGGCACGGAGCUCACGCAACUUUACGACUGUCUGGGAUGGCAGAGGCUCCUCUGGGUCAAUCCCUGCGUGGUCGAGUCCCAGAAGGAUUACCACGCGAGAAGGAAACACCAUCAUUAUCCGAGGACCACGACGACUACCGUCUUGUCGACGACCAAGUCGCCGGUUAGCACAACGACGGUCACCGCCGUGGUCGAGCAAGUAGAGGAUAAUCAAAUACCGGAAGUGACGAGGUGGACGACCACCGAACCCACGGAAACUUGGGAAAUCACCACGACUAGCAGCACCACCAUUAGUACCACACCCACCACUACCACCACCACCACUACGCCGCCUCGCUUCUGUGUGGUUCAAAGGCCGAGGCAAAGUCACCAAUACAUAAGGGAGGGCGAAGGGAAGAGGCUGUAUCGCGAGGAUGAGCCGGAAUGUUCGGAGUUGUGCCAAUGCGGCGAGGGUGAAGUUUUGAUCUGCAACACGAUCUGCGUGGAUUCAUCGCCCUGCAAGACAGACUUCGCCUUCUACAAUCACGAAGCACCGGCGUAUCAGGCGCAUCGCGGCCCCUGCCUUUGCUACAGCGGCCGUUUCAUAUGCAUGCGGCCGUCACCCGACGCUUACUCUAUACCGCACGGAGUUUUCAUGUUCCUGGGCUACAGCGAAAAGGACGAGAGUUUGUUGCGACGGCACAAUAAUCUCACCGUCCUCGACGCGGUGUCGUCCCUCGAUAACUUCAUGAGAGAAGAAGUUAACAAUCAGACAGUGUGCACGCUGUUCCUGUACAACGCGACCCGAGAGAACGUGAUUGCAGUGGCGCGUCUCGGGACUGACAAUCCACCCUUAAAUAGCAGCCAAGCUCAAAGUCUGCAGCACCUUCUGCGCGUCAAGGAGGAGUGCUUCUCGAUGCUGCAGGAUCUCAGCGACAAGAUAAACAACAAGCACCACGAGGUCCACACGCACCCGUUGCUGUCCAUCUUCAAGAUGGCCGAGGUCGAGGUCAAGUUGCCGUACAGCAACGAGGUCGGGUGUCUGUCGGGGUCGUCGAGCUUCCCGCUGGUCGCGCUCCUCCUGCUGCUCACCCUGUUUCGAUCGGCAUCGACGACGUGCCUGCUCGCCUCGUGACACCGACGGCCCAGCCCGAUCUGUCGAGAAUUUUCUCCAACGCCUAGAAAAAAGCUGCAGUGAAAAACGCCUCCGAGGCGAGGCGUGAAGAAGGGGGCGGCCCCCCUUUGAUCAUCAACGAAGUCGAAGCAAGUUCGUUCAACGGGGCUCUAAAUCUUUCGUGCCUCGUGGAUCAAGCGUAGUAGAGAAGUUUCAAGUUCGUUGCAGCGUUCGAGGAUCCAUAUGUGUUUCUCUCCUUCGAUCGAUUAUUAUAUUGAUUUAACUCGUCCAUUCCCCUCCCAAAUUGAUAUCGCUUCUCUCGUAGCUGGGAUCAAUUUUUGUCGCGCGAUGUGGUCAAUAAUAAGAGCGAUGUACAGGGAAUGGGCGUGGAUCCAAACACUCCCUGGCUCCUUUACGCUGCUGGAUCAGCGACGACAUCGCAAGCCAGAAACGAGAUUCAUUAGAAUCGCGCGAUUUUCUCUUCGAAACAUUCGCCAGUUCAAAGGAGAAACAUUUUCGAUGUUAUUUCCCUUCUUUUUUUCUCUCUCUCUCGAUAUUUUUCCGUUACUGAAAUACCGUUCAAUCGAAAAUAUAAUUUUAUAAAGAAAUUCCAUUUCGCUCGAGACUCUCUCUCAAGUUUUCGUUUAAGAAAAGAGACACCGGAUCCUCGAACGGAGAACGAACGAGCACCCAACGCGUGUAUAAAGGAAGCACCGUAGAGUCUGUAAAUGACAAGCGCUAAUUUACCGUGUAAUUAAAAUAAGCUAGCAGAAAACGCGAACGCUCCUCCUGUAUCGGACCAUUAGGUGUUUAUUAACAUGUUGUUCAGAGCUAAAUCUAACGGGCGUUUUUUCAGGCAUGGCGCAAGAGGCUCGAGCGUGUAGAUAACUUGUAGAACUUGUUAAAUAGACUUAAUAAAAAGUGGGAAGGGAAGAAUGAAUGGCUGUUUCUCGCCGCGUGUUUUCCUUCUUCUUUUCCUGAAAUUAACAGUUAAAUUAUUGAAUUGAAGGGGAAAAGUGUAUAAAAUUCGACGAAAAAUAAUCGUUUCUUUCCAAAAAAAAGAAAAAAAAAAUAUUCUUUCAUCCAGAGAGGCAAUUUAUAUCUCGUUAUCGAAAUUCGUGAAUAGCAAAAAGAAAAAAGAAAGAAUUUCGUGUCUAUUGGCCGAGAAAUAACUCGACCAGUUUAAUCAUGUUUUUAAUCCUGACACGAGCCGAAUUGUUAGAAUAUCGGCGAUAAUUUGGCCGUUUCGCAAAAUGGUUGGCUGCUGCGUGCGCGAGAGACAGCCGCUUUAAAACGGUCGAUUUGUCAGAGGAAGAGAAAGAAGCGGGGAGAAACUUCUAAACAGGUUGCCGGAUGCAUGACGUAUACAAACGACGACGCGAAAACGCACGAGCUGAAAAUUAUUCAACGGUAAAACUCCUGGUUCCUGGUCCCUCGUCGGCUCAAUUAUAAUCUCGGUCGAAAUGGCGAUAUUUGAAAUUUAUCGAUAAAUUCAUUUUCAAAAGUUUCAUCUGAAAAUUUCAUUUCAGAAUGAAAUUUC